AUGCUGGCGCGCUUCAGCCGCUGCAUGCAGCAGCAGCGGCUGCUGCUUCUGCAGCAGCGCAGCCUGCAGCAGCAGCAGCAACAACAGCAGCUGCAGCAGCAGGCGUUGCAGUGCAUGCAGCAGCAAACUCGUCUGUCUUCUUCUUAUGAUAUCUUUAAAAAGAUUCAAGACCCUCCAACAGAAGGGGAGUCAACAGAGUUGGCGAGAAAACCGUCGGAUAAGGUGCUGCGGUUAGUAGACGAAGUGAUGAGUUUGACUUUAAUUGAGGCUGCGGAUUUGUGCGAUUUAUGCCAAGAGAAAUUGGCACAAAGAGGAGGAGGCCCUGCGUUUAACUCUGCCAUGGCUGCUGGCCGCUCUCCUUUCCCCCAUCCCGCUGCACUCUUCGCUGGCGCCUUCUCUCCUUCAGCAAUUAACUUUGGAGCUGUGCCUCCUGCUGCUGGUGCUGCAGCGCCAGCAGCAGCAGCAGAACCAGCAGCAGCAGGAAACGCAGCAAGUGCUGCUGCUCCUCAAGGUGCGCUGCAGCAGCAGCAGCAACAGCAGCAGCAGCAGAAUCAGCAGCAGAGGAGGCAGUGGUUGUUGCUGCUGCGUUAG